GCGCUGAUUCCAGGAACAAAUAAAUGUGUGUAUUUUGGUGACUUUACUUCUUGAGGAACUGUUUUAUUAGUCAUGUCGAAGCCGAACCAAAUUCAAGUGCGUGUUACUUUUGUCUGGAACGGUCACACAUUGGUGAUUUAUAUUUAAUUAUGUCCUAAAUAUGUGAAGAUUUCUUCAUCUUUAAUUUCUGGAAAUGGCGAGUGAUUUUAAACAAUAUAUUUAAAUGCCAUUUAUUUGUAUUACUUUUCGGGACGCUGUAUCCCGCCUAUGCGAGUUAUAAAGCUGUGAAAUCCAAAAAUGUGAAAGAAUAUGUCAAAUGGAUGAUGUACUGGAUCGUGUUUGCGCUUUUCACGUGCGCCGAAACUAUCACAGAUGUUUUCCUAAGUUGGUUUCCGUUUUACUAUGAAAUCAAAAUUAUCCUGGUCAUCUGGUUGUUGUCGCCGGCGACGAAGGGUUCAAGCUUUUUGUAUAGGAAAUUUGUUCAUCCUAUGUUGAGUAGCAGGGAACAAGAAAUUGAUGAAUAUAUAUCGAAAGCAAAGGAGCAGAGCUACAAGCAAGUCCUGGACAUUGGACAGAAGGGAGUCAAUGCUUUAAUGCAAACAGCUCUCAAGGGUGGAGGUGGAUUAGUUAACCAAAUUCGCAAAUCCUACAGCCUGAGUGACCUUACCGACCCGCGGCACGCAGCACACGACGAUGAUGCCAUCAGCGAGAUCGACGGCGCGCCUCUUCGGAAGCGCAGUCCGUCGAAGAAGCGUGCCGCGGGUAUUUCUACUUCCAUGUACUUUUCCGAAAUUGACGUGCGCACAGAAGGAAUUGUGUCGAUACAAUCGGCGGAUGAUAUCAGCUCGGGGUAUUCCAGCAAUGAGACGUUGUUACAAUUAGCAGGACAGUCGCUUCCGAAGCUUCAACAACGGGAAGCUCUCGCGAGAGGCGCGUCCAUGAAAGUGAGACCCACGAGGGUUACACGAGCUGCGGCCGUUAGCGCAACAAAAAAGUCUGCUACAACUGAUGAGGGGAUAGGCGAGGAGGAUGUAAUUUUCUUAAAUGAUAAACCUGAAAGAUUAGAUGCUAUUCCAACUAUCUGUGAGAAUCCUCCAAAACGCGCUUCCUCGUCGCAAUCAUCAAGCGACAACGAAUUUUUGGACACUAUCGACGCUAGCGAUGAAGAAUCAGAGUCCGCCGUACGCGAAAUUCCGAUUCAACCAGUUGUUCAGUCACGCUACCAAGGUAAUUCAAUUAAUAAUCAGGGAUGUGAAGAUGCGGACGUCGUCCAGCACGAUACUAACAACCCAAAUAACCAAAUUUUAAAAACUACACUCGAUGUGCCAGAAAAUGAAGGAAAAGAAUCUGGUUUCAUAGAAAAUUUUACUAAAAAUGAGGAUAUUGAUAAGGAAAUACCAAUAAUUGAAGAAAUUUUAAACGAAACGGAUAAAAAGGAUCUAGAAGAACCAGUAAUAGAGCAACAGAUAGAAACAGUUGAAGCAAUUUCCUCAAAAUCCUCUGAAAAUCUCGUUAACAAAGAUAAAGUAGAAACCGUAACAGAAAAAUUAGAAUCAGUUGAAGCAACUUGCUCAAAAUCCCCUGAACAACCUUCAGAAGAUAUUCCGGAAGUUCGCCGUGGAAAAUACCAUAAGAAAACCGCCCCAGAGCCCCCAAAUCAAUCAGGAGCAAUCAAAGCAACACUUGUUCUACAACCAGGAAUAAUCAAACCACUAGGAGACGAUGAAGUUUUCUGCCAUUCUCCGAAAAUGCGCCGUAAAACUAAAUCCAAGUCACGUUCUCCGUCCCCAUCACCCAAACUUUACCGAAAAUUAUUCAACAAGUCGCCAACUUUGAGCAAAAAGGACGUCAAGGACCCCAAAGAUUCAGCAAUGGCGAAAUUCAUGGGACUUUUUAAACACGAUGACAAACGUGCAUCUUGGCACGGAUCUUCCAACAGUGUUGAAGACAAACCUUAGAAGAAUGGAACCGAUUUACGAAGGAAGUCGGUUCUACUACACUACCUCGCGUUAAAAAACCACUGAAAAAGAAGACGCUGUAGGUGUAAUUCUAGAUGUAGAAAAACUACAUGCAUAGAACUACAGUCUCACGGAAGACUCGUCUUCGUGUGUCUACAUUUACUCCUCCAACAAGUCUGACAACGUCCUUAGUCUGUCUUAAAACAACCUGAGCUUGAUUGUAUUGCAUUUUCCUCAUGCAAGAACAAAACUAAUUCAUUAACUGCGUUCAUCCACACAUUAGAAGUGAAUAUCAUAUAUUAUAUAACUUGUAAUUAGUUAUGCAGGCCUGUAGAUAUUUGCGAAACAAUGAAUAACAAGCCAAUUACAAAUGAAUAGUCAGCUGGUGCAAUAUGCGGUGAAUGGCAAUGAACUAUAAACUUUAACUUGUGAUAAACACUUUAAGUUAUGCUUUUAUUUCGUUUUGGGUUUCAAAAUAUGGGCGAAAAUACGAUUUGCUCAUUAUUUAUACAAAGCGCUACAUCAUUUAGUCACAAAAAACGACUCUCGUCUUCGAUUCUUAUAUUGUAUAGAAAUAAUCGAUUUAAGAUGUAUCGUAACUAGAAUAAUUUGUUAUUAAUCGGAGAGAUUGUUGUGAUUGAUGAGUGAAUGCAUAUGAAAUAUGGAUAAAUAACAAAUACGUUAAAUACUUUUAGAACAUGAACGUUACUGAUCUAAUUUUAGGACAAUUACCAUUGUUACAGCAGCGAAAAGGACGAAACCUUAAAAAAUCAAUCAACGAUUACAUGUUUCGUCCAGGAAACUAUAUUUCUAGUUUAAUUGACUCUUAAGACAUUUAUGUAACAAGUCAUCUUGAUUUAAUCCAAGUUAAACAAUUUUAUCACUGUUAGGAUUGUUGUGUUAUCAAAGAGCUACAUUUAUUUAAGAUGGCGUCGGUAUUAUAAAUAUAAACAGAAUUGCAGGGUGUAGAAUAUCCCGGAAACUAACGUAGCUAGUCAAAGAUUUACUCGUAAAGUUGUAGAAAGGUGUGUAACGUGUGGCGACUGAGGAGAUUGUAUAAAAUACUGAUCUUAUCUAUAAUGUUUUCUUCCAAGUACAUGUGAGGCAAUUGCUUGUAUCCAAUUAUUUAUCUAUUCUAGAGUAAAUUAUUGAUUGUAUUUACCAUAUAUAUAUUUGUUUUAUGUAUGUUUUGAUUCUUGAAUCAUCAAUAUCAAUAUUUUAUGUAUAAUUAUACUUUUAAGUGAAUUGAUGGGUUCACGUGACGUUUUAUAUACUUGGGCGAAACACUCGUUUGUGUAACAAUGUGAAAAUAAACUCGAAAUGAGAACGAUGCGUUGAAAA